AUGAACACAAAUAGAACUGAUCAUUGUUUAUUACAAGAUGGUUAUUUUGGUCCUUGCGUUUUAAUUGAUUCUGCCAAUAUAAACAACUAUAAAAAGAAUUCUCCUUCUAAGAAUUCAAUCACUUCAGAUAUUAGCUAGAAAGAGAUUGAAUCUAAUAAUAUCUCUUAAAAUGUCGAAAUUUUACCAACAAAUCUCUAAAUUUUAAAAGCCAAGCAAAACUUCAGGAAUAAAGGCAAUUCUAAUUAAUAAUCAUAAAGUAAUUUCAUAAAGGGGAGCAAGAGACAAUUACUGGAACCUAAAAUAUAGAAAUUGGAAGGACCUUCCUUUAUGAGAACCCUCGUCAAAAAUAACAUCAUCAAUAAAUUUAAAAAUAACCUAUUUUCCUCAGCUUAUGUUCUUCCAAAUUAAAUGAAAUACAUCUUGGAAAACGAAUCCUACAUCUAAGAAUAAAAGAAAAAAACAAAAGAAAAUUAAACCAAAAUAGAGAUUAAGUAAUUAAAUUAUAUCAUUAAGUCAGUAAAGAAAAUGGGUAUGCAAGCAAAGUAUCGGAAUUAAGUAUGUUACUGAUGCCUGGAAAAAAUCUAACAAUUUUAUGGGAUUUCAUGUCUUUAUUUGUUUUGUUUCUGAGAUUAUUCUUUUGCACUAUGAUUGCAUCCUUUGGAUAAUAGGAUAAAUUUUUCAAGGGCAUUGAAUUUUUCUUUAACAUCUAUCUCAUAUUUGAGAGUGUGCUUACAAUUUAUAGACCAAUUAUUCUCUAAGGGGAAAUUGUCAGUGAAAAUUAAUAAAUAUGGAUUCUUUACUCAAAAAAUCAAUUGAUAGAAGACUUAACCAGUUUCAUUAUUUGGUUUUUGAUUUAUUUUGAUUUUAAUGAAAUUUUAGUACUCAAUGAAAUUUUGGCCAUAUCAUAAAUUAUUUUAACAGUUAGAUAAAUAUUAAGAAAAUAUAAUAUUCAAAUUGAAUAAUUGUAUUUAAAAGGAUUUAAUAGUCACUUUUUAGACUUAAUAAGUCUGAUUAUAAUUAUUUGUUUCUUUGCUCAUUUUACAGCCUGUUUAUGGCAUUAUAUUGGUUACAUUACAAUGAAUUAAGGUUCCUGGUUAACCUAUGCUCAGAUCACAAAUGAAAACAUUUGGGUAUAAUACAACUAUUCUUAUUAUUGGGCUACGAUGACAAUGGUUACUGUGGGAUAUGGAGAUAUUACACCUAAAAAUUAAGUUGAAGUAACAUUUGCAUCAAUUGUAAUGAUAUCUUCUACUUGCAUGUUUGCUUAUUCAAUGAACUCGAUAGGAGUGAUAGUGAAAAAUAUUUAUGAUGAACAAACAAAAUUUAAGUAUUCACUUAUUUAUAUAUCGUAGGAGAACAUUAAUAUUGAUGAGUAAAUUCAUGUCCAAAAAUGAAGUAGAUUCUUAGAUCUAAAGCAGAGUGAAGAACUACAUUAAAUUUAGUAUUGAACAUGAGGUUUUGGAGAAUAAAGAAGAAACUACUAAAAUAUUAAAUGAUUUGCCAGUUGGUUUAAGAUUAGAAUUAGAAGAAGAUAUUUAAUAAAAAACUAUCUAAAAAAUUAAACUCAUAACUGAUUAUUUUUCAAUACAAACUUAAAACCAAGUUAAAAACAAUCUGAUUCCAGUCAAAUUCACCCCUAAGGAUAUAAUAUACCAUAGAGAAGAUAUGAAGGAUAAAAAUUUGUAUAUAUAAUAUUUUUAUUCUUUAGAUAUUUCAUUUCUGAAGGGGAAGUGCAAAUUUUAGAAGAGCAAAGCUAAAAGAUUAUAAAAAGAUUGAAAGUAGGAGAUGUUUUUGGUGAAUAUUAAUUUUUCACCGGAUAAAAUACCAAAGAAUCAACUAUAAGUGUGGGAUUUACAUAAUUAUAUCGGAUAGACAGAGAUAAAUUUAUAAGUAUCAUAAAGUAAACACAAAAAGAUUAUGAGAAGUUUCAUAAAAUCAAAGAUUCAAUUUUAUACACCAAAAAUUACACAAGCAUUUUAGCUAAAUGUUAUUUAUGUAACAAAUUUUCACACAAAGAUAUUGAGUGUCCUUACUUAACAUAUCAACCUUCUAAAUAUCUGAAAAUUUUAAAAUUUAAUAAAUUUGAUUUAAAUGAGAGAGAAAAAUUCAAAAGAAACGAAAAAAAAAAAAUAAAAUCCUAACUUGAUCAAUAAUAGAUUGAAGCAAGUAUUAAAGACUUUCAAGAAUUUCUAUCCGUAUCAUUUUUAGAAGAAUACAAUACUCAAGUUCAAACUUAUUAGGUAUCUGAAACCAGUGGCUAAGUUGAAACUAUACAAGUAGAAGAAUUGCGAGAAAAAUCAUAGAAUUCUAUAUAUCGAAAUAUUCAGUAGAACGGGUUAAUUCAAUAGAGCGGGAUGGGUAGAAGAGGUUCGAAUACACCAAUUUUGGAUAAUAAUGAAAAAAGGAAAUCUCUAGUUUUAGCUAAAAAAAAGUUAUCUUUUACAGAAGAAGAGAAAAGAAGAACAUAAAUUUAUAGAGAAACUUUAAUUUUUAAAUAAUUAGACCAAUUUUAAGUCAAAUAACAAUUCUAUGUAUUGGAAGGAUUUGAUAAAAUGCAAAAUUAUGUAGAUUAUUUGCCACAUAACAAUGCUAAUUAAGUGAUCAGAAAUGCUAACAAAGAGAAACCAAAAAGUAAGUCAAUUAAACCUUAAGUCUUUAAGUUUUCUAAUAGUUUUAGAGUGAUGAAAAACAAUUGA